UUUCAGCAGCUCCGGCAAAACAUCACAUUAUCACUAAAAGAGAAACAAUUCAUCAGGGAUAAAGGAAGCUACUGAGCUUCAUCGGUGAAAGUUUUGCAUUACCAAGUGAAAAAUCGUCACGACGCAAGAUGGGUUUUAUCGAAGACACUUUCAUAAUUCUCAUAACACAGGUGGAAGUUUGUUUCCACUGUAGAAAUUGAUUUCAUGGAUAAGUUUGAAUUGAUUUAGGUUACACCAAGAGCUCCGUUUAUCUCAGAACAAAAUGUGAACAAAAUAAUUUAUUUUCCUAUCAGUUAUGUUUCCUGCAAAGCCUAAUGUAAGAUUCAAAAUUCACGAGUUUCAUGUUUUAGAAAGUUUAUUGAGUCGAACUUUUGCUGCAUUGUUUUUAUAGGUUUUCAAUGUUCGUAAACAUUUCACAUGUAAUAUAUUAACGAGAUUGUAAUGAUUGUUCAUAAAAUAUAAUUUUCUUUGUAGGAGGAUGGGUAUUCUUCGUGAAGAAGCUAUUCAGAGACUAUGAAGUUCAUCAUAGGCUAGUGCAACUGAUUUUCUCGACAACCUUCUCGCUGUCGUGUACUAUGUUCGAAUUAAUAAUUUUUGAGAUAGCAGGAGUGCUUGAUUCAAGUUCUAGAUAUUUCCACUGGAACGUUGGCCUUUACAUGCUCCUGUUUAUGGUGAUAGUUUUAAUACCAUUUUACAUAGCGUAUUUUAUUAUCAGCAAUAUUAGAUUUGUAAGACUGCAUUUAAUACGGCCACUGACAAUUGUCGUAUACCUUUUCUAUCUGUACCUGUUCUGGAAAGUGGGCGAUCCUUUCCCAAUAUUAAGUCCCAAGAAAGGGCUGCUGUCCAUAGAACAGGGUGUCAGUCGGAUAGGCGUAAUCGGUGUCACAGUGAUGGCCCUGCUGUCCGGUUUCGGUGCCGUGAACUAUCCGUAUACCUCGAUGGCUUAUUUUAUGCGUCCGGUCUCUUACGCGGACGUGCAGUUCAUAGAGAAAAGACUGUUGCAAACUAUGGACAUGAUUAUCGUGAAGAAGAAGAGAAUUGCGUUAGCCAAGAAGGGCGAAGCUGUGGGGCAGAUUGAAACUCGAUCUCGACUGUGGGGGAUGUUGAGUGGCCCGAAGGGAAACCAAGAAACCAUCAAGCAAUUGCAACUCGACGUUCUCGCUUUAGAAGAAAUAUCGCAACAGUUGUUUCUGGAAGCGCAUGACAUACAAAACGCGAGAGAACGUUUGGAGUGGGCCGCCACUUGGCAAGGGAAAUAUUUCAAUUUUCUGGGUUACUUCUUUUCUUUGUAUUGCACUUGGAAGAUAUUCAUUUCUACAAUCAACAUCGUGUUCGAUCGGGUUGGCAAAAAGGAUCCAGUGACCAGGGGAAUCGAAAUUGCGGUGCACUGGAUCGGUUUCAAUAUCGACGUCACAUUCUGGUCGCAGCACAUCUCGUUUUAUCUCGUCGGCUGCAUCGUUGUGACGUCUAUACGUGGAUUACUGUUAACUCUGACGAAGUUCUUUUAUGCCAUAUCAAGCAGCAAAUCAUCAAAUAUUAUUGUACUUAUACUCGCUCAAAUAAUGGGAAUGUAUUUCGUGUCUUCUGUACUUCUUAUGCGGAUGAACAUGCCGGCGGAGUAUCGCAUCAUAAUAACGCAAGUAUUAGGAGAAUUACAGUUUAAUUUUUAUCAUAGAUGGUUCGAUGUCAUUUUCUUGGUAUCGGCGUUAUCGUCGAUAGUAUUUUUAUAUUUAGCUCAUAAGCAGGCACCGACGGAACGCAUAUAAACAGAAUAAAGAUACUCGUCGCUAUAA